AUGGACCUUGUUUUUACCAACAGGGAAGGUCUUGUGGAGAAUGUGGAGCUCAAAGGCAGUCUUGGCUGCAGUGAUUAUGAAAUGGUGGAGUUUAAGAUCCUUAAAGCAGUGAGAAGGGCACCAGGCAAGCUCAGUUCUCUGGACUUUGUGAGAGCAGGCUUUGACCUUUUCAAGGAUCUGCUUGGUAGAUAUGGGAUAAAGAAGAAGGAGGAAAAAGAAGCAGAGGCCCAGGCUGCACUGGACGCUAAUGCUGAAGGAAGCCUGACUCGUCCAAAGAAGGCUAUUCCUCCUGGUUGUGGGGAGGAGGAGGAGGAGGAAGAAGAGAGCAUUCUAGACACAGUCAUCAAAUACCUACCAGGUCCCCUGCAGGACAUGUUCAAGAAGUAA